AUGGAUUACCAACAAACCCAGGAUAGUCAACCCAGGACAGCAGUUUCCUCUGGUAUCUGGCCCACGAGACACCUUGCCUCUCUGCAAUAUGAAGUGCCUGGUUCUGGGACUCGGCACACUGGCCUUGCUGGCAUCCACCAUGGCACAGAAUUCUACAAUAGGACCAACAACAGACCAACAGAAUUCUACAAUAGGACCAGCAACAGACCAACAGAAUUCUACAAUAGGACCAGCAACCGUCACAACUGCCACAACCGCCACCUGGCUAUCCACACCAAAUUCUACAAUAAGACCAACAACCGACCAACGGAAUUCUACAAUAGGACCAACAACCGACCAACAGAAUUCUACAAUAGGACCAACAACCGACCAACAGAAUUCUACAAUAGGACCAACAACCGACCAACAGAAUUCUACAAUAGGACCAAUAACCGACCAACAAAAUUCUACAAUAGGACCAACAACCGACCAACGGAAUUCUACAAUAGGACCAACAACCGACCAACAAAAUUCUACAAUAGGACCAACAAAUGCCACCACAACCACCACAACCGCCACAUGGUCAACCACUCUCACCACACCAGCAGGGGGCAGCCAUGUCUUCAGUUACUCCCUGACUCUACUGUUUGGUUCGACAUCCAGCCUGAUAAUACAUUCACUAUGGCAUUGUGCGCCACAUAGAGGGCAAGAGUCACAUUGACUGCACCUUUCUGAGAGUGUUAAAGGGUAACUUUGGGAUUCUGGCAAUGAGGCCCGUUAUCUAUUUUCCCAGAGUCAGAUGAACUCAUGGAUACCAGUUUUAAGUCUCGGCGUGCGGUUUGAAUAAAGUUGCUAACUUGCACAACUGUUAUCUUCCUUUUAGCUCAAUGACUGCUAACGCUAGUUGUUAACUAGCGCAAUUGCUAAUUAGCAUUAGCGAAAUGACUGGAACUUCCUGUCAUUGUGUUAACGCUAGUUAGCAUUGGCAUUAGCAUUACCGCUAACUUCCUUCAUACAGGACACAGACAUAAAAAUGGUAUCCACAAGUUCAUCUGAUUCUGGGAAAGACGAUAAAGGGCACCAUUGCCAAAUUCUAACGUAUCCCUUUAAAAACUGAAUAAGAGCGUAGGAGAAUAAUCUUUCUCUCAAUUUGUGUGUUUUACAAUGACCUGCUGGAUGUUUGUGUGUGCUCUGUGUAUUUCAAAAUGUAGAACUGAAACACUGGUUGAUAGGGUUGCAAUGCCCAAAAUCCGUGUAUACUAAUGUUUUAUAGUCAAUCAAGCGGUGAGUUCCUUUGCUAUGUAAACAAGUGAACUAUUCAUGUGAUUGCCUUUCCGACAAAAAUAGGUCAUUAUACAAAUGGUAAAUUAUUUAAUUUCUCAUUGUGCAAAUAUUGAAAUGUACCCAAAUAAAAUAUUUUUUUUUGUAUUGCUAUUUGACCGAGUUAAAUAUUUACAUAUACAGUUAUUAAAAUCCCGAUAUUGUAUCACAGUAAAUAGGUUAUUCGGAAUUACUCUUGCUUUUAAUCUUUAAUAUCAGUUCCAUUGUUCUGCUUUUCAGGGCACUUUAAGAUUUGUGUAUAAAAAAAGUGUCCACCACAAAAGUUCCUUCACAGGUGAAAAUAAAUGCAUUCUAAUUUAAUAUGAAUGUGAAGUUAUUCAUUAACAAUGAAAUAAUUAUAAAGAUCCAUAACAUGCGAUGUGACGUAUCAAUACAGGUACAGAAGGAGCAUUCGUUGAAUCACAUUUAGUGAUAAAGCCCUUCUUUACAUCAGCCGAUGUCACAAAGUGCUGUACAGAAACCCAGCAUAAAACAGCAAGAAAGGCAGAUGUAGAAGCACGUAGCAUCGGAAAAAAACUCCAUAGAAUGGCUGAACCUAGGAAGGAACCUAGAGAGGAUCCAGGCUCUGAUGGGUGGCCAUAUCUAUGUCAUCAAUGCUAACGUUUCCUUGCUACCUGUCAACUUGACGUUCUUUAAACUUUUUAAUUACCGCUUAUAAUUGUUGUGUUUUCCCUCGCUCUACUUUUUUCAUUCACCUUUUUCACCCCGGACACUUUAUCUGGACGUGGUUCGUCAGGACCUCCACCAGCCGAAGCUAAGUAGUAACAUUAAACCUUCUAAUUGUAUUUGGAAUCAGUUCCGUUUAGCCUUUAGCCUCCGAGGCUUUUCUCUAUCAGGCCCAAUCAAUCAGAACAUUUUAUUUCCUCCAUCUUUGAAUGAUGGGGCUUUUGGCAUUUGGCACUCACUAGGCCUCUCCUCGCAAGCCCAAUUAUUCUUUGAUGAUACAUUUGCCUCUUUUUCUCAGCUGCAGGAAAAGUUCAAUCUCCCCCAAUCCCACUUUUUCUGCUAUCUCCAGGCUAGAAACUUUGUCAGGGCUAACACACCUGGAUUUCCCAAUAGGCCUGCGAAUACAGCUAUAGAGAGCAUCUUGGAGCUGAACAAGCUUCCUAGGGGUGCAAUUUCAGAUGUAUAUGCAAUCAUUCAUGACUUACAGAACCCUUCUUUGGUGCCUUUAAAGACUCGAUGGGAAAAGGAUUUGGGGGAGGAACUUGGGGAAGACGCCUGGGAAUCUGUGCUGCACAGGGUGCACCCGUCCUCUUUUAGCACUAGACACAGCCUCAUUCAAUUCUAGGUGGUUCACCGUAUCCACUGGUCGGGGGCCAAACUUGGAAGAAUAUUCUCUGAUUUUGAUCCUACCUGUGUCAGAUGUAAAGUGGAACCAGCCACACUGUUGCAUAUGUUUUGGGGCUGUCAUAAACUGUCAGGUUUCUGGGAAUUAAUAUGUAAAUGUUUCUCUGAUAUAUAUGACACUGUUAUAGAUCCGUCUCCCCUUACAGCCCUUUUUGGAGUACUGCCCAUGGGUACCCCCCUAUCAAGAAUCCAGUCGGACACUGUUGCUUAUACAACUCUUUUAGCUAGACGGCUAAUACUACAGAACUGGAAGAUGGCAGCUCCCCCAUCUUAUAAAUAUUGGGUGAGGGAUGUGUUGUGC